AUGACCGACCUGGGAACAUUCAUCAAACCCCUAGCCUAUCUCGGCCUCUUCACCCUGGGAAAAGCCGCCUUCUCCCUAACCCGCCAAGCAACAAACUUCCUCCUCCCCAGUACACUCUGCAAGCGCUACAACCCCACCAAAACAAGCUGGGCCCUCGUCACCGGCGCAACAGAUGGAAUAGGUUUCGGCUUCAGUCAGGAGCUCUGCGCGCGCGGUUUCAACGUCAUCCUACAUGGCCGGAACGCCGAGAAACUCGACCGUCGGCGUCGAGAACUUCAAGCCAUGUUCCCCGCAGUCUCUGUUGAUGUGCUUGUGCGCGAUGCGCAGAAUGUGACCGCCGAUAUUGACGGCGUUGGUGCCGAAGUCCGCGAUAUAAUUCGUCGCAAUAAUAGGACUAUCGAUUCCCAGGGUGUUCCCGGCAGGUUGACUGUCCUUAUUAAUAAUGUUGGUGGUGAGACGAAGCCUUCUAGACUCCUUAAGGAGUAUACCUUUGAGGAUGUGCAGGCCACCGUUUCGCGGAAUGCGACAUUCGCCAUUCAGAUUACCCGCGUUCUGGCGGAACAGCUGGAAGAGAAUGCGCCUGGUCUGGUGAUGAAUGUUUCUUCUAUUGCGGCGUUCGGAUUGCCGUAUGUCAGUAUCUAUAGCUCUACCAAGGGAUUUGUGGAUUCCUUUACGAAGUCGCUGCGCGCGGAGUUUGCCGCUGAAGGAAAGAAGGUCGAGGUUAUGGGCCUCCGAGUCGCCGAGGUCAGGACUGCUGGGUAUGAUGUGGAGAGUAACUUGUUUGUUCCUGAGGCGAGAGUGCUGGCUGCUGCUGGCUUGAAUCGGGUUGGGUGCGGGCAGGAAAUUGUAUGGGCUUAUUUCUGGCAUUGGUUGCAGGGCUUGUCGUUUGAAUAUCUACCACGCUGGAUGCUGAUAAAGGUUGCUGCGAUGAAGAUGAAGGCGAUCAGAUCAGAUCAAGAGGCUAAGGCGAAGAGCAGCUGA